AUGGAUUUGAGCAUCACUCGGAAGAGUACUUCACCGCCAUUGGAGUCCCUGAGUGAUUGUGAUGACAUCUCUGUGGGAGGACAGGACAGCCCUCCGGAUCCGCAGUCCCGAUCUGCGAGUCCCUCAUCCAGUGACGGCGUAGAGCUCGACUUGAGAUCAGCGAGUCCCAAGAUCGGUGUCUCGGAGAAAGAUGCCCAGAACACCUUCCAAAAGUUCCUGACGAAUCUCGACGCGCUCCGAGCACAUGGCAUCCUCAGCGGUUCACUUUUCGGCCUGGGACCCCCGAACUCGUUCUGGCACGAGCUGGUGUCACCGGCGGUGCUCUCGCAGCUGGGCGUCAAUCUGGCGCAGCUCAAACAUCAAUCGGACACGGCGAAACUUGCCGAACAAAUGAGACAACAGGACGCCGAGGACGAGGUGGCAGCCAAUCGGGCCCAAAGAUUCAGCGAUCGUGACCACACUCCGUCGACACUUUCUUUUUCGUCGGGUAGUCGAAGUGUUAUCGGAGGCUCCAAGCCGAAGGUGGCUACACCUCAAGUUGUUUCAACAAUCGAGUCUUACAAGCGAGAAAACCCCACUAUUUUCGCCUGGGAAAUCCGAGAACGUCUGAUAUCCGAUGGUGUUUGCUCCAACGCAACAGCGCCGUCAGUCAGCUCAAUCAAUCGGAUACUGCGCAAUCGGGCGGCGGAGCGCGCCGCUGCGGAAUUCGCGAAGGCCACAGGCGGCGAUGAGUCCAACGCCGAAUCGGACGAUCCGGACCGUCCCAAGUUCCGAAGGAAUCGCACCACAUUCAGCUCCGAGCAGCUCGGGAUCCUCGAGGAAGAGUUCGACAAAACCCACUAUCCUUGCGUGGAUACGAGAGAGCGUCUCGCGACGAAAACCGGACUGUCUGAAGCGCGAGUUCAAGUUUGGUUCUCGAACCGGAGAGCGAAAUGGAGACGUCAUCAACGGAUGAAUGCCUCCGCUGCCUCUAAGGGGGAAGUCGGAUCUUAGUUAGAGAGAGCUCCAAUCCCGUCUCCAGACCGGAGCAGGUCGGGGAAAAUUCUCCCCGUCCUCCAGACAUUGAAAUCGUUUGUUGACUUGAGACUUGAAGCUGUAUUUUUCGGUCGAAUACCCCUGGCAUAUCGAGGAAGCUGUCGGGGAAUGCCGAUAGUUGGAGGGGCUUGGUUCAGUCCAUAGAGGAUAGCCCCUCCCACGGAAGUAUCCGUGAGAUUCCAUACUCAGCUCUGGAGGACUAAGUGACCAGAAGUUCUGAUCGGACUACUCUCUGCCAUUAUAUAUUAGGCUUGGAUUCUCAUUGUACAUG